UGUUAUUGGUAGUGAUAGUGGCAGUAUGAAUGCAAGUGCAGAGAACAGCAACAAGAAUCAGAAUCGCGUCUGAGAGAAGAGAAAGCGAAAAUGAGCGGAACGACGAAAAAAGUGGCGGAUGUAGCAUUCAAAGCCGGUCGGAGCAUUGAUUGGGAAGGGAUGGCUAAGCUUCUUGUAUCCGAUGAAGCUCGCCGUGAAUUCUCCAAUCUUCGUCGCGCUUUUGACGAUGUUAAUUCACAACUCCAAACAAAGUUCAGCCAGGAGCCUGAGCCCAUUGACUGGGAUUAUUAUAGAAAAGGAAUUGGCACACGUUUGGUGGAUAUGUACAAGGAGCAUUAUGAGAGCAUUGAGAUCCCCAAGUUUGUUGACACAGUAACUCCUCAAUAUAAGCCCAAAUUUGAGGCACUGUUGAUCGAGCUUAAAGAAGCAGAAGAGAAAUCUCUGAAGGAGUCUGAGCGUUUGGAAAAGGAAAUUGCUGAUGUACAAGAGUUAAAGAAAAAACUUAGUACCAUGACUGCGGAUGAGUACUUUGCCAAGCAUCCUGAACUGAAGCAGAAAUUUGAUGAUGAGAUUAGGAAUGAUAACUGGGGUUAUUGAUUUCCAGAACUUCAAGGUGUAGCAAGACAUCCGAAGUUGAUGUUUUCCUUGCUGGUUUAAUAAAUAAUAACUACAUUAUUUUUUUGUAACUUGGUUCCUCUUUCAGUUUAAAAGGUUUUUCACAUUUCCAUUUUCUAUGUUUAAUUUUAUGGUGUUGCAAUUGUCGUUUAAAAACUGUUGUCUAUGGUUUCAGUUCAGACACCCAUUUUCAGGAAAAUGUUUUGCGAUUUUGUUAAUAAAUUAUGUUUAUCUGGUAAAUAAAUA